UUUACUAAUGUUUCGAUUAUUCUGCCUUGUUUCGUACUAAUAGUGUAUUCAACAUGGCCAGUUAUUUCAGUGGCGCCUUGCAGAUAACUGAUUUGGACGACUUCAUCGCGCCUUCACAAGAAUGUGUGAAACCGAUUGAAAUCAAGAAGGCAGAUAAGGCAUCUGAUGGACUCAUCAGAAUCCAGAAGGAUGGUUCGUACGUUGAAGAAAAGAAGGAUGGCUCCAAACGUGUUUUGCAAAGGGCCCAAAUCACGCUCAACGACUGCCUUGCGUGUAGUGGAUGCAUCACUUCUGCUGAGCACAUUCUCAUCACCCAGCAGAGUUCGGCGGAGUUGCUCAAGGUGUUAGCAGAAAAUGAAUCCUGCUCUGAUCAAGAUCCUGCGUGGAAAUUGGUCGUGGUUUCCUUGUCCUUGCAGUCAAUUUUAUCUCUGGCUCAAAAAUAUGCGUUGGAAGCUCAAGAGUGUGCCAAGAAAAUUUGCGGCUACCUGAAGAAGAAGGGGGUUCAUAGGAUCUACGAUAUUUCGACAGCUAGUGAAAUCAGUUUGAGGGCAUCAACAUCAGAAUUCAUCGAACGUUGGAAAAAAAGAGAUGAAGACCCUUUUGCUCUACCAAUGCUUUCUUCAGCUUGCCCUGGUUGGGUCUGCUAUGCGGAGAAAACGCAUGGGAAUUUCAUUCUGCCUUACAUAGCUCGUGCAAAGUCUCCUCAACAAAUCAUGGGAUCCAUAGUGAAGGGCCAUCUGGCAAGAAAUAUAUUUUGCAAAAAGACGAACCAGAUUUUUCAUGUAACAGUGAUGCCCUGUUUUGACAAAAAGCUGGAGGCUUCCAGGCCAGAUUUCGCCUCUCCAAUUCAAGAUGAUGGUAAUGGAGGAAUCAGGGAUGUUGACUGCGUCCUAACGUCGAUCGAAAUCCAAGACAUGAUCCUGAAAGAUGGUGUGGAUUUAACUCUGGUGGAUCCCGAGAAUUUGGAUGAAAUAAUUCCUUGUCCAGAUGCACCGAUUCCAGACCAUGACUACACGGUUCUUGGUCGGAUGGGGUCCAGUUCAGGAGGAUUUUUACAUCGCGUUUUUUUGCGUGCUGCAAAAACUCUGUUCGACACUGAGCUCGAUACGGUAGAACUGAAGCAAAUCAGGAAUCAGGAUUUUCAGGAAACCAUCCUGGAGAAAAAUGAUCAAGCUGCGCUUCACUUUGCCUUGGCAUAUGGCUUCAACAACAUCCAGAAUAUGAUUCAAAAAUUGAAAAGGAAGAAGGCAGUUGGUUGGCAAUACGUAGAAGUCAUGGCAUGUCCUUCAGGGUGUGUUAACGGAGGUGCUCAGAUCAGACCUGACAAUGACGAAGUCAAACCCAGGGAGCUGGCUUCAACUCUGUCCCAAAAGUAUGCUGAACUACCGAAAUGGGAUGACGUACAAGAUGCUCUGGUUGAUGACUUGCUAAAAGCAUGGUUGGAUGUACGACAUCCUGGAGACCUUUCCAAAUCUAAUCCGAAGACCGCCUGUUUGUUUACCGAGUAUCAUGCUGUGCCCAAGAUGGGUAAAAUCGGCUUGAACCCUAGUAACCCCGUGACCCGUGGCGACCUCGUUCGGAUAGUAGAAAGACGACCUGACCUGGGUUUCGUAGUAAAGCGACCCGCGGAACGAUUGCGUGGCAGUGCAUAG